AUGGCAAAUGUGGGAAGGAGACAUACAAACAACUCUCAGUUUUUCAUUACAUUUGCACCGUGCCCAUGGUUGGAUGGAAAGCACGUGGUCUUUGGGCAUGUUGUUGAGGGAAUGGAGGUCCUUGAUGUCAUGGAGGCCAGUGGCACUGAGGGAGGAAAGACGAAAUCUCGAGUUUGGGUCCACAACUGUGGGGAGGAGACUCACAAGCUUCUCAGAAAAGAGGCGUUGGAGUCAGGCUUCUCGGAGGACCCUGCGGAGCAGGCCAGAGCUGCUUUGGAGGCUCAGGCAGCUACAAUGCGCCAGGUGGAGCGACCAGAAGCUCUUGACCACAUUAACGAGGUGUCACCAGUACCAGACGAGGUUUGGAAGAAGGCAAAGGCGUUCAGCGACAAUGUGCUGUGA